AUGCUACACCCCAUGGACUUGGGUCAGUAUUACGAAGCAGUGGUUAAGUGGUAUAUAUAUAAAGCUACUGAUUUCCAAGAAGUCUUAAUUAAAGCACACAAAGUCAGAAGCCGAUUGGAUUCAUUAGGCUGCUUUAGGAACAUUGCAGUUUUCAUAGAUACAAGUAAAGGUCCAACAGCUUCACCUGAUGGCCUGGAGAUAACGUUCCAAGUUAAAGAGCUCAGAAGGGUUGUAGGAGGUGUAAGUACACAUGUAGGAAAUAAUGAAGGUUCUUUAGUUGUUGGACUGAAAGCACCAAAUUUGUUUGGAAGGGGUGAACGCUUUCAGGUUGAAUAUUCACAUGGUUCACAAGGAACUCACAAUUUCAAUGUAGCAUUCAUAAAACCACUCAAGGGAAGGCACACCCCACUAAUUUCUACUUCAAUUUAUAAGCAAUCGACUGAAUGGCCACCAUCUGGUUAUAAAGAAAAUGAUAUGGGUGUUUGUUUUGAUCUUGGAUUCAAUUCACUGCCUCUGAUUAAGCACAAUAUACAGUGGAUCGGAGCAAUAAGAAAUAUCAGUGUUUUAGGUCGAGGUUCAGCCUUUGAAGUCAGAGAAGAGUCUGGACCCAACCUAAAAAGUGCCUUGAGGCAUAUUUUGUCAGUAGACCUUCGAGAUGAGCUAAUAUUUCCAUCUUGUGGGACACUUUUCCAAUUAACUACUGAAUUUGCUGGAUUAGGGGGUAACGUCGGAUUUUUGAAGAAUGAUGCGUAUUUACAGACGAAUUAUAGUAUCGCUGAAGAUUUCGUAAGUUUCUUUUUUACUAACUGAAAUUUAAUAUUUUUC